ACUAGAAGCGCGCACACACACUCACUCUCUCUCUCUCUCUCUCUCUGCCUGUCUGUCUGUUAUCUUUGUUACUCUCACUAAACAGUACCUCUCAAACUUCCCGAAAUGGGGACUAGGAUCCCAUCACACCAGCUAAGUAACGGCCUUUAUGUCUCGGGCCGGCCAGACCAGCUCAAGGAGAGGCAGCCUACAAUGGGUUCACGGGCAGUACCAUACACCGGCGGUGACGUUAAGAAAUCCGGUGAGCUAGGUAAAAUGUUCGACAUCCCCGUCGGUGAGAACCGCAAUCCUCCACAUUCGAAACCCUCUCGUCACUCCUCGUCCAGCAACAGUGGAUCACUCCGAUCCGGGCCCAGUUCUGGCCCAAUUAAGAAGUCCUCUGGCCCCAUGGCGGUUCCACUCCAGCCCACUGGUCUUAUCACCUCCGGCCCUCUGGUUUCCUACCCAUUGGGGUCUGGCCCACUCCGUCGCUCGGGGCAGCUCGACGGUUCCGGCUCUGUUUCCGGGUCUUCCAAGGUGGUUUAUGGGUCGGCAGUGACGAGUCUGACGGAGGACGUGAAAGUGGGGUUUAGGGUUUCGAGGGCGGUGGUGUGGGUGGUGAUAGUGGCGGUGGCUACGGCGCUCCUUGUCGGUGCGUUCUUGAUGGUGGCGGUUAAAAAGGUCAUAAUCCUGGUGGCUGUGGGGGCUAUUUUGGUGCCUAUUUUUUUGGGGAUCGUCUGGAACUGUGCAUGGGGAAUGCGAGGGUUGUUAGGGUUUGUUAAGAGAUUCCCUGAGACGGAGCUUAGAGGCGCCAUUGAUGGACAGUUCGUGAAGGUCACUGGGGUUGUCACCUGUGGCAGUAUUCCUUUGGAAUCGUCUUACCAGCAAGUUCCUAGGUGUGUAUAUGUUUCCACAGAGUUAUAUGAAUAUAAAGGAUGGGGUGGAAAAUCUGCGAAUCCCAAGCACCGCUGCUUCUCGUGGGGGUCUAGACACUCGGAGAAAUAUGUGGCUGAUUUCUACAUAUCAGACUUUCAGUCUGGGUUAAGAGCAUUAGUUAAAGCGGGCUAUGGAGCUAAGGUUGCACCAUUUAUCAAACCAGCUACAGUAGUUGAUGUAAGGAAGGAGAACAGAGAUUUGUCCCCGGGCUUCUUACAGUGGUUAGCCAAUCGCAGCCUCUCUAACGAUGACCGAAUGAUGCGUCUGAAGGAAGGAUAUAUCAAGGAAGGAAGCACUGUGAGUGUGAUGGGUGUUGUCCGUCGCCAUGAUAGUGUUCUAAUGAUUGUUCCACCACAAGAGCCUGUCUCAACUGGUUGUCAGUGGUUCCGAGGCCUCCUUCCAACCUACGUUGAAGGUCUUGUACUGAUAUGUGAUGAUAAUCAGAAUGCUGAUGUUGUUCCUGUGUAGAUAUUACGUAUCCAUUUUAAUUUGUUUCAAACUUGGUGCUACGAGUACAUAUGAAAAGGACGUAACUGAUGGAAGCUUCGAACACCAUCUGUUCUUGUAAGGGUUCUCAAGUCAAGUGUAUGAAAACGGACGACGCAGAGCUGGAAGACCGAAGAUCAUGCAACAAUCUAUGAUGGUGUUAUGCGUUUGGGAUUCCUACUAGAAUCCACAAGGAGAAAGGGUAAUCCCGCUCAAGGAGUUAGAAUAUGCUGUAUUUUCAUAUAGUCGCCACUAGUUUUGGCUUUCAUGUAUAUACUGCGAGGUUCGUAUGGUUUGAUUGUCUAAAGCUUCCUUGUAAGUAGUAAGGAUCCCAAGUAUGUUUAUGUUGUGCAAGGCAUAUGUGUAGCUGGUGAUGCUACUGUCAUCUUUUCUCUUCACCAAACUAUGGCUUGGAUAGUAUUCCAGUUAUACCAACUAUUGGAUUCUGUA